GCCGCGCCGCCCCGACAUGGAGCCGGGGCCGCCGGGGGGCCCCGCCGCCUCCGCCGCCGGGCUGCCGUUGAGCGAGAGCGAGCAGCAGCGCUACUCCGAGCUCUUCUCGCGCUGCUGCCCGCCCCCCGAGGCGGCCGCCGGGGGCAGCAGCGUGGGCGAGCUGUUCCGGGCCUCGCAGCUGCCCCCGGACACGCUGCACCAGAUUACGGAAGUUUGUGGAGCCAAGCGCGUGGGUUAUUUUGGUCCUGCUCAAUUUUACAUUGCUUUGAAGUUAAUUGCGGCAGCACAGUCGGGGUUCCCAGUACGGAUUGAGAGCAUUAAGAAUGAAUUGCCUCUGCCACGGUUCGUGGCGCUGAAAAAUGACGGUGACGUACGCUAUGGGACUCCAGCAGAGCUCCAUGGAGUUAAGUUUCAGGUUCCACAUGCAACUCUGGAAAAAAACUCCUACAAGAGAACAGAUGAAGGGGACAAACAGGAACCCAAGUCUCCACCGAUGUCUCCAAUCUGUUCACCUCCUGCUUCUCCGUCUACGUACCAGAGAAUACCCUUAACUUACGGAUAUGGUAAAUCAAGAAGUGGGCUGGAGCAGCAGCAUGGAGCUCCUUAUGAAGUCAGACACACUACUCACCAGCAAGAUGGAUCAUCAUCAGGGAAUUAUGGAGCCAAACCUGCACACGCAUGUUCAACUCUUGGUCGGGGGCCCUCUUCUCAGUCUCUUUCAGUGGAGCGGGAGCAGCCAGAUAGCAGUGCCCAUUACUCAGAUGACCCUUGGAGGAUAACUGAGGAGCAGCGAGACUACUAUGUCAACCAGUUCAGGUCCCUGCAGCCUGACCUGAACUCCUUUAUUUCAGGUUCCGUGGCAAAGAAUUUCUUCACAAAAUCAAAGCUGCCCAUCCCAGAGCUUUCUCACAUCUGGGAGCUGAGCGACGUGGAUUGCGAUGGGGCGCUGACGCUCCCUGAGUUUUGUGCUGCUUUCCACCUGGUGGUUGCGAGGAAGAACGGUUACCAGCUGCCCGAGACGCUGCCCGACACGCUGCUGCCAGAUUACCUCCAAGCAGCUUCUUUGAAGCCUCUACGUGACUGCGCACUGUUUGAUUCUUACUCUGAGUCAUUGCCAGGCAGCCAACAGACUCGGGACUUCAGCCGUACGGAGACAUCAGCUGAAGAGGUGCCUGAUAACUCUGCCCUGUUACAAGAUACAAAGAAAGAUGACAAACAAGCUCUUAAAGUAAGCACCGCUGUCAAGACAAUACCAAAGGAUUUUCAGCACUUGACUGUGAAAACAGCUCCUCAGGAACCUAAUGCACUUAAAGCCAGACCCAGAUCCAGGUCUUAUUCUAGCACAUCAAUAGAAGAUGCCAUGAAAAAGGGAGAAGAGCCCCCUACUCCACCUCCAAGGCCACAGAAAUCACAUUCCAGAGCUUCCUCUUUGGAUCUGAACAAAAUAUUUCAACAAAACACACAAGCUGUGAGGUCUGGCUGGCUGCCCCCACCGCCACCUGCACUGCCCCCUCGACCUUCUGUAUCUCAGACAGAGCAGGUAUCCGAGGUUGAAUUACACCCUCAGAUGAAUAGACCCCCGUCACAGGCAGAAGAAAACAGCUCAGCAAAAAAGGAGGUUGUUCUCGUUCAGCCGCCCUCCAAACCCGCCCGCAGGAAGCUUCGGACGGAGGCGCAGGGGCUGGAGACCCCCGAGCUUUCUCCCACUAUAAACGUGACUUCUUCCUUGCCAGCAGUCAAGCCUCACCUCCCAGUCCAAAAACCGUCUUCCAAGCAGAAAAGGGCUAUUCAGACUGCUAUACGAAAAAACAAAGAAGCCAAUGCUGUGCUCGCCAGGUUGAACAGUGAGCUCCAGCAGCAGCUGAAGGAGGUCCACAAGGAGCGAAUUGCCUUGGAAACGCAGCUGGAGCAGCUACGUCCCGUAACCGUCUUGUGACCCCCGGCGGGGCGUGCAGCAGCAGCAGAGCUCAUGCAUCAAGAGCCUUGCUACGACUGUGGCGCGGAGCAGCUGCGCAGAGCAUCUGCCGAGGUGACUGCAGUGAGGUGACAGGCUUGUCGCGUCUCCUCUGCACCCUACCAUGCCUGCUUGCCUUUGCAGAUGAAGAAGGUACAGAAAGCAAAUACCAAACUGUCGGAUAUUUCUGCCUGGGAGGGGGGUGUCUGCCCUCUUCCCUCCCUUUUCCCAGCCUGACAUGUAAAUGCGGUCUACCACUGAAAUGAGUAACCUAAGAGUAUUUUAUUUAUGUAAAAAAUUCCCGAUUUAUACAUAUUCUUGCAACACUUCCUGGCCUGGUUCUUGAGAGGUACAUCAUUCCAGAAGUCUUGCUUAAAUUUAAAACUCAUCCUUUGAGAUGGGUUCCUGGUUGAUACCGAUUCCUGUAAGAUGGUAGAGACCUGUGGAUUGAACGUACAAGAGGAGUAAAAGUCACCAGACAUACAGUCUCUAUCAGCAAUCACGUGUAAGAUAAUUAUUUUCUUAGCACUGUUUAUUAUUCAAUCACGGAUGUAUUUUAAUGUUAGAGAACUUGUAUUUUAUAAGUCACAUAUCAUAAGAGAGAACAGUAAAAAAUAUUAAAAUUGUAUUAUUUUGGAAAUUACAAAAAAAAUACUGUUUUUGAGCUAUAACUCUUUCCUAUCACCAAUGUUUGAUCACUUGCUUGCGAUUGCCAGUGUCUCUGCAUAACUUUUUUUUUUAAACCAACAGCAUAUUUCUAACAAGGUGUUAAAAAUGCAUUCCAGGCAUUUUUGUAAAAGCCGUUCUAAGUAUAUUUAUAUUAGUCUGCUUUGUUGUCUUAAUGGCUGCUGAUUUGUGUUAAGGAUGUGUACAAGAACUGUAUUUCCAAUAGAAGCAAGAUAGCAAAACUGCUACAUAUGAAGUUAUAAAACGUUUGAAGGAAAUAAUUGCCUUCUAAAGCAUGCUUUCAUUAAGGUUCCUUUGCACCUCACUGGAGAUGACAUUGAUAGGAUGAAGCUGCUAAUGCUCAUCUGUUUUUCCAAGUGAAGAAGCACAAAUUAUUAUUAUUAUUAUUUUUUUUUUUACCUGGGUCUGGUCCAAAGCCAACUGAACUCUGUGGGAUUUUUUUCCGUGGAGGCAGUGGUCAUUGGCUUCGGUCUCAGUUCUUGCAAUGGAAGCUGUCUAAGCAACGUUGCUUUAUUUCUUGGGCCAAUACUGUUAUGCUGGACAACCUCAGACAUACUAUCACCCCUGCUCCCUUCAUGGGUAUGAUGGUUGCUUCACUGCUGGGAAAGUUCACCUACUUGUUAUCCAUCUUAAACAUGAUGCUGCAUGUUUCGUAUCCCAUUGUAUCCUGUUGCUCAAUGACCUGAGUAUACACCUUGCAAAAACUGUGCAGCAGGGUUUUUUGUUGUUGUUUUUUGAUUAUUUUUACCAUUUUUUGUCUGAUGCCUCCUCACAGUAGCUUUAGGACGUCUCUGGGGUAGAGAGGAAGGAGAAAUAGGUUUAAAAUAGCUAGUUGGCCUCCAUUCAGGCUGUGUCAUGGCAUGGCUGCAGUGAGGUAUCAGAGGACGUGGAAGCAGCCAAAAGUUUUGUUGGGAGAUAAGUAAGAAUGACAUCAACAGGAAUGUUUAAAGUGUUGAGGAAACGGGUUACUUUCGCUGAAAGGGAUAUGGAUGUGGGAUAUGGAUCCAGAGGUCUAAAGGUGAAAAGAAGCAUUUGCAGAAUUGUUAACAAAAAUCUGUUUUUGUAAUGCACUGCUUUCAAUUCAUCUAAAUGUCGCUGUGUGAACGAGCAACAGCCAUUUCUCUGGAUUUGGAACUUUUUUUUGUGUGACUGUUGGCGUAGCUGGAGUCAGAUGAUCAUUCUUCAUCAAUGACAAAAUGUGAAAGCUGCAAACUUCCAGGAAGCUGCAGAAGAGCUACUGUCCUUGUGCUAUCAGUGGUGCUGGUCAGAAGUUAUCGUCAUUUAUUUCAUAUGUUCUUAACACUGAGUCGUUCCUGAGUUUUUAAGGAUGUUAAGUGCUCUUUCUCUCUUUGCUUUUUAGUUCUUGCAUUGUCAUUUGGUUAAUAAACAUCUGCUACUCAAUUGGAAAUAAUCAUCUGGCACCUUUUGUUUUUUCUAUGUGAUUUUUAAGGAAUGCUUUUCAAUGAUUACAAAGAAAUAUGCAUGUUGUGAUUUUAAGGCAGAGUGACUUUCUUAUGUUUGAUGGAAGACCACACUAGAGGAAGACCCUGUUUAUUUCACUCAGGUUAUUCAUUGAAUAGAUGGCGUUCAAAGAAAGAGUGGAAAAGUCUGUUCUGUGUGUCCUUUUCAGAUGUUUCCUUUUUAAGGUACAGGUGUUCGUUCAACCUAAAAUACCUGGUUACCAACAAAGAAAUGCUUAGUUGUUAGUCUACCACUGGAGUUAAUAAAUUUAAAAUGUAACUAUCACUGAGGUUGCACUUUGAGGGGUGUAAUCAAAUUCCAUACUUAGCUUCAAGGCCUAGAAAGUGAGUUAAUUUGUAAUCUGUUUGGUGUAUUAUUGGCUAUGAUGAUGAUACUAAAUCAAGACAUUCAAGGAGAAGUGCUGUGUUAUACAUAUCCUGCAUGAAAUUGUUCUUCUGUAUGUCUCAGUACUUAAGCAUUUGUGCAUAUCCCAUCCAAAAUGAUAAAGUGUCUGCUCUUGGGAAGCGGUUACCAUUUUGAGAAGGAGAGGAGAAAGCAUAAGGAAGCUCUGUUUCUGGCAGAUGCUCCAUGUGGCCGUGUACAUGGCUACUAUUAACAGAGCUGACAGGUCAAAAUUCACAUCUAAAUCCAGUAUUUAGAGAUUUUGUCC